AUGGAUACUGACGAGCAACAACGACAGAAGGCCAUCUUACUCAAAGAAAAAGUGAAACACAAAGCAGCAUUGAGGCGAGAGAAAUCCACCACGGCCACCAACCGAACUGCACAAGACGAAGCUGUCCAUCAAUUCAAUACCAUACCAGAUAUCGUGGUGUCGAAGCGCCCUUCGUCGAUCGAUCUCGCGGAUUCUGUUGUACCUAACGAACAGACAUCGGCCUCAACAAGCAUCUUGACACCUCCCGUCAUGCCCGUGCCGUUUCCCUUUUCUCUACUAUCCAGCGAUAUACAACACUACCACUACUCUCAACCCGUGCAGGAAAACUCACCCAUCGAAGCAGACUUCAUCAACAAGUACAUCGACUUCGUCUUUCCAGCACUCUUCCCCUACUACCGACCAUCCCUUUUCGACACGGGCCGGAGCUGGCUCCUGCAGCUACUGGGAAAAAGCCGCAUCGCACAUCAUGCCGCUCUCAGCAUAUCGUGUUACUUCUUCACUAUGGCACUCAUCGAUUUGGAGGGUACUUCUGGCGAUCAUGCCGAAUGCAGAAUGUUGCGUUGGGACGAAGUUGAGCGACAUGCUGAGAAUUGUUUCGAUAGCCUAAGGAAGGACAUACUAGCUCUCGAUCUACACACGCAAGACAUCGAGCAGUUAGCCAGGGUUGAGACCUUGGAAAACAUUGUUCACCUCCUCAUCUUCGAGAUGGCACUGAGCAAAGCCGCUCCUUCGAAUUCUCAUCUUUCGCCUGCGUACACUUUGCUCAGACAGAUCAUGGGCUGUGAUCCGUCGUCUCACGAGAACCAAAUGCAGUCAGGAAUCACAACGGUUCUCCUACGAAUCGAGCCCCCACUCUGGACUAACCCUGCCGAUGGCACUCACAUUUGGUCGCCUGCCCAAGCUGGUGUCAGAUUCUGUGCAGCGUUAUUGAUCUUCGUCGAUAUUGUAGCAAGUAUCGCUCUCCAAGAACCUCCAACACUUCUUCCUUAUCACUCCACACUCCUCGCCGAGAAGGACGUCGGAGUUAGUCUCCCUAGCGAUGCCGAGAUUCACCUCUCCACCGUUAUCGGAUGUCGCAAUGGCGUCAUGAGGUCAAUCGCUGAGAUAUCGAUGCUGAAUGUUUGGAAGAAUGAACAAAUCGCUACGAACAGCCUAGAUGCCAUGAAAGUCGUUGAUCGCGCCUCGCAAAUCGCUCACUCACUCGAAAGCGACAUAAUUGAGAUUGAGAACGAGAAGAUCACAAGAUCUGCGUCUGACUCUCACACCCGCGGGCCGCUUGAUCUAGCUCUGAAUCCCUCCUCGUCUUCUACUCCAACGCUAAUAUGGGCCCGUGCAGCACAGCUGUACCUCACAGUUGUCGUAUCUGGUUGGCAAUUGCUUAGUCAAGACAUCAGGACCAACGUUGGCCAUAUCAUCGUAUUACUCGAAGAUGUCCCGGCGUACCAGCUGCGCGCACUCGUUUGGCCGAUAUGCGUCGCUGGUUGUCUAGCCCUAGAAGAAGAGACGACCUUUUUCUUGGGACUUUUCGCGGGUCUAGGCAAGGUUCACACAGCUGGAACAUUAGAUGACGCACGCCAAAUCAUGGUAAAGGUAUGGGAAAGAAGAGAAGCGCCGAACAUGAUCAGCUGGAAUCUUGCCUCUUGUUUCAGUAUACUGGGGUCUCCAAUUCUACUAGUCUAG